AGCGUAACACUGAACGAUGGAAGAUAUCCCACCAGGAGAUCUGGACACAGCUGCUGGUGGGGAUCAGAACAGCUCAGCGACAGUGUGUCUGCAUUUGUAUCCAGGCAUGCAGGACGAUGCCAAUCCAGAUCUUGACCAAGGCCUUGCUGCACAAACCGCAGGUGCUUCCCUGAAGCACCCGACCACCCUGAUAGAUAGACAGAGAGGCAACGAGAUCUCUGCCCUCCCAGCAACCCUCGACAGUACAUCCCUGAAGCAUUCGACCACCCUGACAAACAGACAGAGAGGCAACGAGGUCUCUGCCCUCCCAGCAACCCUCGACACUUUGUCCAUCCACCAGUUGGCUGCUCAGGGUGAGCUCAGUCAGCUGAAAGAGUAUCUCCGAAAAGGGGAGAACUUGGUGAACAAGCCAGACGAGAGAGGCUUCACUCCUCUGAUCUGGGCCUCUGCCUUCGGGGAGAUUGAAACAGUCCGUCAUCUGCUAGACUGGGGUGCGGACCCCCACGUACUGGCUAAGGAGCGGGAGAGCGCGUUGUCGCUGGCCAGCACCGGAGGAUACACUGACAUAGUGACCAUGCUGCUGGAGAGAGACGUAGAUAUCAAUAUAUAUGACUGGGUAAAUGCACUGGUGCUUAUUGCCAGUAUCACUCCCUGGAACAGCCAUCCUGGGCUUUUGCUGUUGCUAAAGAACGGAGGCACCCCAUUGCUGUAUGCUGUGCGUGGCAACCACGUGAAGUGUGUCGAGGCUUUACUAGCUCGCGGUGCUGAUCUGACGACGGAAGCAGACUCCGGCUACACCCCCAUGGAUCUGGCUGUGGCAUUGGGACACAAGAAAGUUCAGCAGGUUAUUGAGACCCACAUCCUCAAGCUGUUUCAGACCAAGAAACUGGAGUGAUGCUGGCUCGUGCUCCCUGGCUGAGAGAACCAGGGCUUUGCUGUCUCCGGAUGCUGCAUGGGAACAAGGCGGCCAGACGCGCUCUCUCUUUCCAAGGGCUGAUGCUCCUGCAGGAGAUCUGCGCUGCCACGGCCAAGCGAGCAGGUGUGGAGGGAGCUUUAUAAGCUGGGCUGGCAGGAAAUCCCUGAUGGAGGAGGAGCUGUUUACUCUCCAAGCAGGUGGCAAAGGAGAAGCCUCCCACACACAGCGAGACUCUGAAUUGUCCAGGUAGCUGCAUUUCUGCUGCGAACAAGACUGCAAGCCGCCUCCCUCUGCCCCCUGUGUAUUAAAUAUUGCCUAAAGCA